AAAGCUUUCUUCUUUUGCCGCUAUACCCUCUAUCCCUUUCUCUUCCUGUGGACACUAGAUGCCGGGUAAAAUAUACGCGCGUGGCUUCGUCGUCGACAUGGAUGCCCUGAGAAGGUACCUCAACGCCUUCAACUUCAGCAAAUACGAUCUUCCCCCGCUCCAACCCACGGACCCCAAUCCAGAGGGCCGCGUGGGCGCUUACUGGUCAAGGAUGGAGCGCGUUCAGAGGGAGGUACUGCCUAAGGGAAUACAGCUCGAGUUCCUGUACUGGUUCGUCGCCCAAUCUAAAGAAACGGGCGACUUCAGGACGUAUUUCUUCAUACCAACGGGUCGGACCUGCGAGAAAGCCGUCCGAGAAUGCUGGCCGCUGUUUGACAAGGACAAGAAACGUCUUAAACAUUUCCUCACAACUGCACGCAGUCUUCUCCCCGAGGACAAGCAAGAGACGUGUGCACUCAAGAGAGAGGAUCUCCGAUGGAGGGCUGUUCCCGAGACGGCUUUGUUUCCGAAUUUGCACCCCAUGGUGAACGUUGACUAG